AAAUUACUUUUUUCACCUCAAUACAUCUCAACCAUUAAUUAUUUUGAUCUAUGACUAUAAAUGAGCUGUAGAGGCUGGAGAGGAUCCCAAUCCGUACAAGUAAUACUGGUGAGAGAAUUUACACUGUUUGUUUUGAGUGGAUUUUAGUAGCGGAGCACAUGGUCGGGUCAACCGAAAACCGCUUUACUGAACCCAAUUUAAUGGUAAAAAUGCGGGUUAGGGCAAACUAGUCUAUCGGAUGGAUUUUAUUACAAUUCAAUCAUCUUUGAAUCGGAUAUCGAAUUUCAUAAUAAUUCAUCUAACCCAACCCAAAAUUCAAUCUUAUGAUAAUAUCAUAUUAUUUAAUAUAUAUUUUUAAUAAUUUUAAUUUUACCUCACCUACUACUACAUGUAAAAUUUUAAAAACCUGUUUUUUAUUUCACUAUCUUCUUAAUCACGAUCUUGAAGUCUAGAGUAUUUUUAGGAGAUUUGGAGAGUAAUUUGUUGUAAUUAUUUAUCAUAUUUAAAUACUUAAAGUACCUGUUUAAUUAUGUGUUGUCGUACUCGUAUGGAUGUGUAUAGAUGGUAGUUAUGAACUUAUGAUGUAAUUACAUGUUAGAGACUUAAAGUACUUGCGUUUUAAUAUUUUUUCAAUUUGUCAAGUUUAUUAUUAUUUUAAUAUUGCGAUCCAAUCAACCCAUCCAAACCAACCUGAAGAUUGUCGGAUUGGGUUGGUUCAGGUUCGUUGGUGAAAAUUCACGAAAUCCAACCCAACCCAAACAGUUUUGAUCGGUUCGGAUCCUUAUUAGCCUAAAAUCCAUCUAACCCAACUCAUGUGCAGUCCUAGAUUGUAGAUUGGUGAUGAAAAAUAUAGGAUGUGAGAGUGUACAUUAUGUGAAAAUGACUUAAUCUUGUGUUUUGAUUCACUCAUACUAUUCUCUUUUCCAUUUCAUUUUCGCACAUUUUUCAUUUUUAUAUUUCUCUUCUUUUCCAAUCGCAUCACCUAUGAUACCAUAUAUGUUAUUUCUCUCUUAUUUCUUCAUUUCUCUUUGAGGUGGAGAUGAUAUUGAGAUGUUAACACAAACUUAUCCCCGUCUAAUUUAGUGUUUCAAAACUUGCACCAGUGUGGCUUUCUCUAAAUGUUCCUGUGUUUGGUUUAGAAAAGAGAUAGAUAAGAGAAUAAGAGAGAAGAUAAAAGAUAAGUAGAGAUAAAUACGUGAAAAAUAUAAUACAUUUUAAAGUGACUGGAACUAAACAAAAAGUCCAAACAUGACCACCUCGUGAGUUGAUGACUAGAUAAAAAAUGGGUCAUGUGAGCAAAAUAAUACUACCGUUUGUCCUCAUUUUCAAAUGAAAAAAAAAAGUUGAGGGUAAAUGUUGCAAAAAUUUUAUAAGCCUAAAAACUUAGAUUUUCCGAAAAAUAGACAUUAAAUCGGCUUAUAUAGAGAUAUAGAUUAUUAUUGAUUUAUGCAAAGUGUUAUUUUGAUCAAUUUUCGUUUCAAUUUUUUUCGUUCUAAUGUGAGAAAUGUUGACCGUGUAAAAGAAGUGCAUCAACAUUAAAUUCAUUUUAAAUAAUAUUAUAUGAAAGUGAUACAGUGUAAUACUGUAAUCUAUGGCCUGGGCAUUCCACAUGUUAGAUACUAGUUAUUUCCAACUACCAACCAAGAAGGGUGACAAUAGAUUUUUCCCUCAAAAGCGCUCCAAUAAAAUAGACGGUUAAAGUGGACGUUUUCUGGAUCAAUCAGAAAACGUGAAUUUCGAUGUAUUUGGUUGGUAGAUUGUUGAGGUAAUUGCAGCAAGAAUAGCAUGUUUUGGUAUUCAAGUUGAACAAGAAAAUUAGAACAAGGAAAGGAAUAAACAAAAGGCUUUGAUGAAUUAGUUGAGUAUAUGGUGCUCUAACUCUAGGAAAGUUCUAGCCCUGGUAGUUGAAGUUUCUGUGAUAUUUGUUUUGCAAGUGAAGCUAGCUUUCCUUUGCUUUGUUUGUUGAGUUUGGUGAAAGAAAGUGGAUGGGAAGAUUCACAAGAAACCAACAAAGAUGAUCUUUUUCAUUAGACCAACCUUAAGGUGGAAAAAUGUAUCAAUCUCAAUGCAAUCUAAAAGCCAAAUCAGUAAUCAUUUUGUGAUUAGCACUUGAUUUGCCAAUGGUUAAUAUGGAAAGCAAGGAGGAGAAUUUUGAAGCUGCCAGAAAGUUCUUGAGAACUAGUUUGGAAACAUCAACAGCUAUUGCUUCUGCAUUAGAUGAGGCUGGAUCAAAUUUGGAGCGUCUUCAAAAGAGAUGUUGCUCCCUGCAAGCUUCACUUAGAUCCAUCUCAAUGCAAAAGUCAUUUAUUGACAUUGGCAACGGUUUAGACAGCGUUCUUUGUUCCGCUGCUGCGGUCCUCAGGGUGUUUGACGCUUUGCAUGAGUUGGAACAUUCUCCCUUGACGGAUUCCAGUUCUGAUUUAUGCAUGUACGUCUCAAACACGAAGAAGCUAGAGGAAGCGCUGAAGCUUCUCGCAGAUAAUUGCAGGUUAGAAGUUGGUUGGUUGAAUGGUGUUCUUGAGUUAUUACAAGAUAAAGCAAUCACCAAUGAGCUUUUCCUAGUGAACAUAAAGAAGUCAUUGAGAAUAUUGCAAGAAUUGCAAGCGAUAGAGGAAGGCGCUCGCCUCAAUGGGGGCCUUCUCAGUAUAGCCUGUGACAAGCUAGAGAUUGUUUUCCACAGGCUUCUGAUGGCAAACUCGAUGCCUCUUACUUUGGUUUCCCUAACAUCACACAUUGAUCACCACGCCACACCAGCUUUACCAUUCCCAGCUUCUUUAACAAGGAAGUUGCAGUCCAUCGCGGAAAGGUUAGACGCUAAUGACAGACUAAGCAAGUGCCAAUCUAUAUAUGUUGAAGUUCGAGGUGUGAAUGCUCGUCGAAGUCUGAAGACUUUGGAUUUGAAUUAUCUUGAGAUUCCAAUAGCUGAAUUUGAAAAUGUGCAAGGUAUAGAGAGUUACAUUGACCAAUGGGGGAACCAUUUGGAGUUAGUUGUAAAACAACUGCUUGAGGUUGAGUACAAGCUUUCUGCUAGUGUCUUUGAGAAAAUUUGUCCAGAAGCGUGGAUGGAGUGUUUUGCAAAGGUUGCAAUUGAAUCUGGAAUUCUUUCUUUCAUUCAAUUUGGAAGGGUUGUAGCUGAGAGGAAAAACGACCCCUUCAAGUUGUUGAACUUGCUGUCCAUAUUCAGAGUCUUGAAUGGUCUAAGACUAAAAUUCAACCAUCUUUUCAGAGGGAAAGCUUGUGAAGAAAUUCGAACUGCGACAAAGGAUCUUAUCAACAAAGUUGUCAAUGGUGCCAGUGAGAUAUUCUGGCAACUUCCAGCACAAGUGAAGUUUCAAAGGCCAACUUCUCCUCCCCCAGAUGGCAGCAUUCCUCGGCUGGUAAGCUUUGUGACUGAUUACUGCAAUCAGCUGCUCAGCGAUUCGUAUAGGCCACAUUUGAUUCAGAUUCUGGAAAUACACCUUAGUUGGAGAGAGGAACCAUAUGAAGAGGGUGUUAUUUUCACUCAAAUAUACACCAUUAUUAGAGAAGUUGCAGUAAAUCUGGAUGCUUGGUCAAAGGCCUAUGAAGACAUCACUUUGGCCUACCUUUUUAUGAUGAAUAAUCACUGUCAUUUCCACAAUUUGAAAGGUACUGUGCUAGGGAAUAUGAUGGGAGAUUCUUGGUUAAGGGCACAUGAACAAUAUAAGGACUAUUAUGCAGCACUUUAUUUGAGGAAUAGCUGGGGAAAGCUUCAACCUAUUCUUGCAGUUCAAAAGGACAAACUAUCAUCCUCCAAUGUGCCAGUGACUAGCCAAGAUAUGGCUAAGAGACUAGUUGCUUUCAAUCUAGCUUUUGAUGAAAGGUACAAGAAGCAGUCUCAUUGGGUUAUUUCUGAUGAGAUCUUGAGGGAAAAUGUAUGCAAGCAUUUGGUGGAAGGUAUAGUACCAAUCUACAGAGCCUACAUGAAGAAUUAUAUUUUGUCAAUUGAAAAUGAUGCUAAGGUUGACAAACAUAUUAAAUAUACAGCUCAGAGUUUGGAGAAUAGGAUUAGGUCUUUGUUUCAGCCCGAGCUGAGCAAGCAUGGUAGCAUUAAACAGGUAGAUUUGAUUAGUAAAAUAAAAGAAGUAAGCCAUCAGUUUCGCUUGACUCUAACUGCUCUAUAGUUGUACAUGUCAUUUUAAAGGAAGAAAGGUGUAAAACAUUAGCAAGUAGGCAUUCACUGUUACUUGUUGCUACAAUUGUAACUGCUUAAUUUAUUUUGGCUAUUACAUGCUAUAAUGUUAUCUUAGUCAUGAAUCAA